UUGAUUUGUUAAUUAUUAAGUGUGUUAUAUCAAAAAUGGCACACUGGUUUCAUCGUAAUAAUUUAAAAGCGACAACAAAUCAAAAAUUUGAAUUUAAAAUUAGCAAUCCUACAGACGCUACUAGAAAACUUUGUAGCGAUUUAAAAUUAUCUAGACAUCGUCUACUAGACCUAAUAAGAAAUGCUAACAAUACGAGCGAUUCUAUUGAACCAGCCUUCUUGAGUUAUCUCAGUUUGUUGUAUGGAUUUAUUUGGGAAAUAAAUACUUCUGAGGAACAUGUAGGAAGGCCGAAUCUUAGUAAACUCAGAAAUAUUCUUGUAUUCAAAUGGACGCAUACAUUACUUGGAACAAAUACCUUUUCUAAUGCUGAUUCAGUUUAUGAAGCAGCUAACAUGAGUGUAAAUGUGGGUCUUUGGUAUAUGAAACAUGCAGCAAUGAUUGCUGCAAAGGAUGACAUAACAAUGGAUGAGGCAAAAAAUGUACAUAGUAUGUUAAGACGUGCUGCAGGUAUAUUUACAUUUGUACAAACUGAAUUUCUACCUCAAUUGGCAAAUCCUCCACCUUUAGGAAGUGAUUUAGAUCCACGUCUAAUAAAUGCAUAUGUAAAUCAAUGUACUGCAGAAGCGCAAGAAGUAACUGUGGCAAGAGCAAUGGAGUUAAAACAUAAUGCAAGUUUAAUAUCAGCAUUGGCAAAUGAAACAAGUAAAUUGUUCUUAGAUGCUGCUAACACAUUACGUCCCUUUAAGCCAGAAAUAUCUACUCAAUGGAUUAAAUACUUAGAACUAAAAGCAGCAUUUUAUCAAUCCUAUGCAUAUAAUUACUGUGGAGCAAAUUUAUUGGCUAUGGAUAAAUGUGGGGAAGCAAUUAGAGCACUACAAGAGAGUGAUAGUUGCCUUAAGAAAGCAAAAGUAUUAUGUCAAGAAUAUGGUAAAACAAAUGGUCCUGCACCUCGUGUAAAACCUGAUCAACACACUGUCUUUAAAAGAUUGGCUCCAACAGUAAAACUCACACUAGAUAAAUGUAAUAGGGAAAAUGGCCUUAUAUAUCAUCAUAAAGUACCAGGAGAAAUACCAUCUCUGGAUACUAAAGCUACUUUUGGUCUUGUUAGUCCUAUUGAUUUUCAAAUGCCUUCUCCUAAUUCUAUAUGGAAUUUAGGUGUUUACAAAAUAUUGGUUGGAGUAACUCCAGCUAAAACAGAAAAAGAACAGAAUUUACCACCUGUUAAAGAAGAAACUGUUCAUCAAAGUAGUAAGGAACCAAAAAAUGAAAGUGGAUGUGUACUACAAUAAAUGUUUUAAUACACAAGGUAACUGUGUAAAUA